GACAGUCUCUCUCUCUCUGUUUCACAGCGAUUCUGCGCUGACGUGGUGUCUGUUCUGGCCAUGACCAUGAGCAGCGAGCGAGAGUGUCUGAAGUACCGUCUGCUGGGCUCCCAGGAGGAGCUGGCCUCGUGGGGACACGAAUACGUCCGGUACGUCCCGCCGAAGACACGGCGUCCCGUUCACUGGAACUACUGGAGAUCAUUUUCAGCCGAGUUCGGCAGCAGCGGCUCACGGGUGGACUCAGCUUCUUCUGUAAAUCAGGGAAAAUUCCUGCAGUGGACAAUAAGUGGAGAAGAGCGAGCAGGAGCUCUCAAAAAAAACGACACGUACGCUCGCUGGCUGCCCCUCGGCCUCGGUGAACUCAACCAUCUGGUUGACCGAGAGGAUGAACAUGUUGUGGAUCACGUGUUUCAUGAGAGAUUCGUCCUUGGAAAAGAGUGUGAGUUUUUGCGGCCUUACAUUUCCCAGUUUGUUUGUCACGGUAUGUGUUGGUUGUGUUUGUCAGCAGUCAGUGAGAUGAGACUCAUUCUGAUGAUGCUGCAGGGUGUGGCGGUGCUGGGUAUCGCUCUCAUUGCGAUGGGUGAGGAGAUCGGCUCAGAAAUGGCCCUGCGCACGUUUGGUCACCUGCUCCGUUACGGCGAGCCCACGUUAAGGAGGGCGGUGCCUUUAGCUCUCGCUCUGAUCUCCGUCUCGAACCCGAGGCUGAACAUCCUGGACACGCUCAGCAAGUUCUCCCACGACGCCGACCCCGAGGUGGCCCACAACGCCAUCUUCGCCAUGGGCAUGGUGGGCAGCGGCACUAAUAACGCGCGUCUGGCGGCGAUGCUCAGGCAGCUGGCGCAGUAUCACGCCAAAGACCCCAACAACCUGUUCAUGGUCCGCCUCGCUCAGGGUCUCACUCAUCUGGGGAAAGGCACGCUGACGCUCUGUCCGUAUCACAGUGACCGGCAGCUCAUGAGUCAGGUGGCUGUAGCCGGACUCCUCACGGUCCUCGUGUCCUUCCUGGACGUCAAGAACAUAAUCCUGGGGAAGUCUCACUAUGUUCUGUACGGGUUGGUGGCGGCGAUGCAGCCUCGCAUGCUGGUCACAUUCGACGAGGAGCUCCGACCGCUGCCGGUGUCUGUGAGAGUGGGACAGGUAUGUCAUCCUGGGCAGGCCGGGAAACCCAAAGCCAUCACAGGUUUCCAGACUCACACCACGCCGGUGCUGCUGGCUCACGGUGAGAGAGCGGAGCUGGCCACAGAGGAGUACAUCCCCGUCACACCCAUCCUGGAGGGCUUCGUCAUCCUGCGCAAGAACCCCAGCUACGACGCUUAGACGCUCCGACGCUCCGACCCACGCCUGUACAAUAUUUAAAGCACUCGUCCUCCCUUACCUUCCCUGCGCGAGACCGUUUCUUCAGUGUAACUGUGACAUUUCUUCAUCCUGCUAAAGUUUUUAUUGUUUUUGUUACUUAUUCUGUAAAAGGUUGAGAUAUAAAAAAUAAAAGAAUUGUUCAAAACAGUGA